AGAAUUUGGGAGUUGAUAAGAAUUACACAUAAAUUUACUAAACAGAGAUUAUCUACUAACACUAUAAAUACUCGAGGUGUGACCAUCUUUAAGCUCUCAAACCUUCCAACUUGCAUCUUGUGAAGAUGAAAAGUUUCUUGUCAAGGAUAGCAAUUGCUCUACUUUUCAUAACAGUAACGUUUUCAGCAAAAGCGGAGUUCGGACAAUGGUGUGUAGCCGAUUCACAGAUACCAGAUUAUGUGACACAAGCAGCCUUAGACUGGGCCUGUCAACAGGGCGGAACAGAUUGCAGUAAGAUUCAGCCUAACCAGCCUUGCUUCUUGCCCAACACUCUCAAGGACCAUGCCUCUGUUGUCUUCAAUAGUUAUUACCAGAGUUAUAAGCACAUGGGUGCUGAUUGUUACUUCAGCAGCGCCGCAAUACUCACGCAACGCGACCCUAGUCACGAUUCGUGCCAUUUUGAGUAUAUCAAAUGAUUCAAAGGGAAGGGCCAAGAUGACAUGAAAGAUGAUAAAGAGAGUGAUUUUUCUCAUUGUUAGUACUAUUGCACAAUAUUAAAUAUAUCCAUCUUUGUUGCUUUGGAGCUAAUGAAGCACAAACUUGUUUUCUAAUUAAUGUAGAUUUUUGAUAAUUGUAUGGUAAUAAGAUUACAUUAAUAUGGUCAUUUACAUAA